GCGGGGGCGAGGCCGAUGGGGCUCAAGGCGCGCAGGGCGGCGGGGGCGGCUGGCGGCGGCGGCGACGGGGGCGACGGCGGCGGCGGCGGGGCCCCUAACCCUGCCGGAGGGGACGCGGCGGCGGCGGCGGGCGACGAGGAGCGGAAAGUGGGGCUGGCGCCGGGCGACGUGGAGCAAGUCACCUUGGCGCUCGGGGCCGGAGCUGACAAAGACGGGACCCUGCUGCUGGAGGGCGGCGGCCGCGACGAGGGGCUGCGGAGGACCCCGCAGGGCAUCGGGCUCCUGGCCAAGACCCCCCUGAGCCGCCCUGUCAAGAGGAACAACGCCAAGUACCGACGCAUCCAAACUUUGAUCUACGACGCCCUCGAGAGACCGCGGGGCUGGGCGCUGCUCUACCACGCUCUCGUGUUCCUGAUUGUCCUUGGGUGCUUGAUUCUGGCCGUCCUGACCACCUUCAGGGAGUACGAGACUGUUUCGGGAGACUGGCUGCUGCUGCUGGAAACAUUUGCUAUUUUCAUCUUCGGAGCCGAGUUUGCUUUGAGGAUCUGGGCUGCUGGGUGUUGCUGCCGAUACAAAGGCUGGCGGGGACGACUGAAGUUUGCCAGGAAGCCCUUGUGCAUGUUGGACAUCUUCGUGCUGAUUGCCUCUGUGCCGGUGGUUGCCGUGGGAAACCAGGGCAAUGUCCUGGCCACGUCCCUGCGGAGCCUGCGCUUCCUGCAGAUACUGCGGAUGCUUCGCAUGGACCGGAGGGGCGGCACCUGGAAGCUCCUGGGCUCGGCCAUCUGCGCCCACAGCAAAGAGCUCAUCACCGCCUGGUACAUCGGGUUCCUGACACUCAUCCUUUCUUCAUUUCUCGUCUACCUGGUUGAGAAGGACGUGCCGGAGGUGGAUGCCCAAGGAGAAGAGAUGAAAGAGGAGUUUGAGACCUACGCGGAUGCCCUUUGGUGGGGUCUGAUCACACUGGCCACCAUUGGCUAUGGAGACAAGACGCCCAAAACGUGGGAAGGCCGUCUGAUCGCAGCCACCUUUUCCUUAAUCGGCGUCUCCUUUUUCGCCCUUCCAGCGGGCAUCCUGGGGUCCGGGCUGGCGCUCAAGGUGCAGGAGCAACACCGUCAGAAGCACUUUGAGAAAAGGAGGAAGCCCGCUGCUGAGCUCAUCCAGGCCGCCUGGAGGUACUAUGCUACCAACCCCAACAGGAUUGAUCUUGUGGCGACAUGGAGGUUCUAUGAAUCAGUCGUCUCUUUUCCGUUCUUCAGGCAAGAACAGCUGGACGCAGCAGCCAGCCAAAAGCUGGGUCUCUUGGAUCGGGUUCGCCUUUCUAAUCCUCGUGGUAGCAAUACUAAAGGAAAGCUAUUUACCCCUCUGAAUGUAGAUGCCAUAGAAGAAAGUCCUUCUAAAGAACCAAAGCCUGUUGGCUCAAACAAUAAAGAGCGUUUCCGCACCGCCUUCCGCAUGAAAGCAUACGCUUUCUGGCAGAGCUCUGAAGAUGCCGGGACGGCCGACCCCAUAGCGGAGGACAGGGGCUACGGGAAUGACUUCCUCAUCGAAGACAUGAUCCCCACCCUGAAGGCCGCCAUCCGAGCUGUCAGAAUUCUACAAUUCCGUCUCUAUAAAAAAAAAUUCAAGGAGACUUUGAGGCCUUAUGACGUGAAGGAUGUGAUUGAGCAGUAUUCCGCCGGACAUCUUGACAUGCUUUCCAGGAUAAAGUACCUUCAGACGAGAAUAGAUAUGAUUUUCACCCCUGGACCUCCGUCUACUCCAAAACAUAAGAAGUCUCAGAAAGCAUUCACCUACCCAUCCCAGCAAUCUCCCAGGAAUGAACCGUACGUGGCCAGGCCACCCACAUCCGAAGCUGAAGACCAGAGCAUGAUGGGGAAGUUUGUGAAAGUCGAGAGGCAGGUUCACGACAUGGGGAAGAAGCUGGACUUCCUGGUGGACAUGCAUAUGCAGCACAUGGAGCGGCUGCAGGUGCACGUCACCGACUUCUGCCCGACCAAGGGGACCUCUUCGCCAGCUGAGGCGGAGAAGAGAGAGGACCACAGGGAAGCGGAUUUGAAAACCAUCAUGCGUAACGACUCUGAGACCGGCGCCCCCAGCGCUCCCUACAGAGUCCACCAGGUGCCCAUUGACAGGGCCGGCCCCUACGGGGUUUUUGCCCACGACCCCGUGAACCUGUCCCGAGGGGCACCCAGUUCUGGAAAGGUUCAUGCCACCCUUUCCUCCUCGGCGACCACCUAUGCGGAAAGGCCCACCGUCCUGCCUAUCUUGACUCUUCUCGACUCCCGAGGGAGCUACCACUCCCAGGCUGAACUGCACAGCCCCUGCUCGGACCGGGUCUCCCCCCAGCAGAGACGCAGCAUCACCCGGGACAGUGACACACCCCUGUCCCUGAUGUCCGUCAACCACGAGGAGCUGGAACGCUCUCCAAGUGGCUUCAGCAUCUCCCAAGACAGAGACGAUUUUGUGUUUGGCCCGAGCGGGGGGUCAAGCUGGAUGAGGGAGAAACGGUACCUCGCCGAGGGUGAGACAGACACGGACACAGACCCCUUCACGCCCAGUGGCUCCAUGCCUUUGUCAUCCACGGGGGAUGGUAUUUCCGAUUCGAUAUGGACCCCUUCCAACAAGCCCACUUAAAAGGGGUCGUGGGCUGGCUCCUCCUUGUAAUGUAGACAGACUUUGUAUAGCUCACUUGCUCUCACACCCGCCACGUACCUGUGAGAUCCCCAGUGGCUGCGUCAAACGCGUGCAUGUGCGUGGUAGCCCCGCCUGGGCUGGGGCUUCUCGUGGCCUUUUUCUCCUCCAGGUGACCACAGUGAAGCCGCUUCCUUUCAAGCAUGGUUUGCAUGACUUUACACUAUAUAAAUGGUACCGCUAACCUCUUUAGGAUACACAUUUAUCCGCUCUUCUUACUUUAAAUCAUGACUGAACCAGUACAGGGAGAAAUGACUGAGGAGCCGUGCGAUGUGUCUGUGUGGUCGUCUGGUUUGGGUUUUGGUUGGGUGAGCAGAGAAAGUCGUUUACGUUGUUUCUUAGCGUCACUGCCCCUUUGUG